AUUGGAGGUCCUUUGUGCCCUUUCCACUUUUCAUACCACCCGCAAGAUAAGAACACCAUUUACUGUCUUAGUUUAUGACGCACAACAGCUUGCAAUGGUGGAUUAUUCUCGAUUUGACCAUAUCCAUACAUCAGACAGCGAAACUGAGGAGCCACCAUUGGUGGAUCCAGGCCCCCCUGCAAAUGUCAUGGAAGACCUGGAAGAUUACUUUCAUCGUUUAGAUGCCCGCCGAUCUGAAAUGGAAGCAGAGCUUGCCGGCACUGAGAACGAUGACAUGGCUGCAGAUAACGGUGGGCAUAUUUGCGAGAAAAGUGGUUUGUGCGACUUGCAUAUGCCAAUCCAAGGACCAAAGGUCAAUGCCAUCAGUGGAAAGAUUCAAUGAUGACGAUCUUGGCAUGCUUGUCCGCAAACGCUGUGAGUUUGCGUUGGAAUGUGCUAUAUGCCUAGCCGACGUGUUGGCCGGAGAGGAUACCAUUCAGUUGCCGUGUGCGGCCCGUCACGUGUUUCAUGAUGAGUGUGCCCGAUCGUGGCUUUCACGCAAUGUAACAUGCCCACUGUGCCGGGUGGAUGUGCGUGCGCUUAUCAGAUCACAGAGGCGAAUGGAUUUGGAGGCAGACGCGCUAGCUGCACCCGUUUCAGAUCCCCCAUCUCCUCGCAAUUCACCAAGAGCUUUUGGUUACACGCGCGACGGAGGAGUGAUAACACGGUACGAACCCAGGCCUCCAGCAGAGGUAGGGCGACCCCACUACAUUCCGGUGGACCUUCACCACGUUGCAGAAUUGGUUGAGGUGGAGUAUCCGGACAGGGGUACCGCACGUGUUUGGCGAGUUCCCCGUGGACUCUGAGGCAAGUAGUUGUCCCACCCCAAACAUGCACACCGCGGGGCAUGUCGGAGCGUUGGGAGACGAGCAAUGUACAGAUUAUAUAUGUACAAAUCAGCCUAGCGGCCUUUUUGUUCGUCAGCCCCUAGUAGCGUCCUUGCUCCUAGUAGUAAGGCCAGGAGCCCCUAGUAGCUUCUUGUUCCUAGUAGCGAUGCCCUUUGCUCCCAGUAGCGUCCUUAUGUUCGUAGUAUGUACAAAUCAGCCUGGAGGCCGAAAAGGCUUCGUUGAUCUCGAACCACCCACGCAUUGCAAAGAAGCAGCAGGAUGCACCACCGGAGCUUGACUGCCCUUGCAAUAGCGGCGGUGUGUGCUUUGUGUUGGGCAUGCAAGCCACGUGUGCCUCAGGCCAUUUGCA